GCGCAGAUUAGCUAGACGUCGUAACUGUCUACCUUACAGAUAUACGGGUGUAGGGAGAGUCUAUAGAAGCGAGGGAUGGAAUUGCAAAUGGUGGUUGUCCUGUCACCGUCGUUCCGUUAACAUCAGGUUUAAAAAAACUGCGCAUUCUUGCAGAUAAAAAUGCACAGGGCGAGGACAGUAAUAAGUUCAUUGGCACCCUUGGCUCCGCACGUCUGCGGGGCUAAGAGGUUCGCCUCCUGGCUGGUACGAAGUGAUCCCUUGGCAAGAACCAGUCACGUGGUAACAGCUGUACCUGCACGCCGAUACAACAGCCCUGUAGCCACUGAACCUUUUCUCAAUGGCAGCUCCAGCUCAUAUGUGGAAGAAAUGUACAACGCAUGGUUGCAAGACCCCCACAGUGUACACGUGUCGUGGGAUUCCUUCUUUCGCAACAGCACAGCUGGAGCGACACCUGGACUUGCUUACCAGGCGCCACCAUCUCUUGUGCCAAGUUAUAACCAAGUUCCAUCGGGAUCGUUGAUGUCAUAUGGAGCGUCUCCUGGUCUUUCUCACAGUCCAAUCAACGAAAAGAUCAUCGAUGAUCACCUUGCUGUUCAGGCCAUCAUCAGAUCCUACCAGAUUCGUGGGCAUCAUAUAGCGAAAUUGGACCCGCUUGGCAUCAACAGCGCCGAUCUUGACGAUAGGCAUCCGCAAGAGUUGCUCUAUAACCAUUACGCCUUCGGAAAGAGAACUCGUACAACUUACUCGCAGGAACUUCAAUAUCGAGUAGCUGCCCUUAUCGAAAAGGAAGCUGAUAUGGACCGUGUUUUCAAACUCCCAUCGACAACAUUUAUUGGUGGAAAAGAGAAGUCGUUACCACUACGAGAGAUUCUAAAACGACUAGAAUCUGCUUACUGCGGACACAUUGGAGUUGAGUUUAUGUUCAUAAACUCGCUUGAACAAUGUAACUGGAUCCGACAAAAGAUGGAGACUCCUGGUAUAAUGGAAAUAACAAGCGACGAGAAGCGGCUAAUUCUAGCAAGGUUGACCAGAGCGACUGGUUUUGAGGCAUUCUUGGCUAAAAAAUGGUCAUCCGAAAAGCGGUUUGGCUUAGAAGGUUGUGAGAUCUUAAUUCCUGCUAUGAAACAAGUCAUAGACAAGUCAACAGAAUUAGGUGUGGAGUCUAUUGUUAUGGGAAUGCCACAUCGAGGUCGACUCAACGUACUGGCUAAUGUUUGCCGCAAGCCUCUGAAUCAAAUAUUCACACAAUUUGCUGCUCUUGAAGCAGCUGAUGACGGAUCUGGUGAUGUCAAAUAUCACUUGGGUACUUACAUCGAGCGCCUGAAUCGUGUCACGAACAAAAAUAUUCGUCUAGCCGUGGUUGCAAAUCCUUCCCACUUAGAAGCUGUCGAUCCAGUCGUCCAAGGAAAAACACGAGCUGAACAAUUUUACCGCGGAGACGGUGAAGGCAAAAAGGUUAUGUCAAUCCUUUUGCACGGAGACGCUGCCUUCUGUGGUCAAGGUGUAGUUUUUGAAACAAUGCACUUGUCUGAUUUGCCCGACUACACGACGCACGGAACUGUUCACAUUGUUGUAAAUAAUCAAAUUGGUUUCACUACCGACCCUCGUCAUUCAAGAUCAUCACCAUACUGUACAGAUGUCGCGAGAGUCGUGAAUGCUCCAAUUUUCCAUGUGAACUCCGACGACCCUGAGGCCGUAAUGCACGUUUGCAAAGUAGCAGCUGAGUGGCGUGCAACAUUCCACAAAGAUGUGGUCAUUGACUUGGUAUCUUACAGACGCAAUGGACAUAACGAAAUCGACGAGCCAAUGUUUACACAACCCUUAAUGUACAGAAAAAUCCGCAACACUCCGCCAGGUCUUACUUUGUACGCUGACAAACUCAUUAGCGAGAAAGUUGUAACACCUGAGGAAGUCAAGGAUGUUAAAGAGAAAUAUGAGAAAAUAUGUGAAGACGCAUAUAAUAAUGCAAAGCAAGAAACACACAUCAAGUACAAAGAUUGGCUAGACUCGCCAUGGUCAGGCUUCUUCGAAGGCAAAGAUCCCCUCAAAUCGUCUCCUACUGGGAUCAAGGAAGAUACUCUAGUUCACAUUGGCAAAAAAAUGUCUUCUCCGCCGCCUAAUGCUGCCGAAUUUGUCAUUCAUAAAGGUAUCGAGCGCAUUCUUAAGUCUAGGAUGGAUAUGAUAGAGGCCCGCACUGUUGAUUGGGCUCUUGGCGAGGCUAUGGCCUUUGGCUCACUGCUGAAGGAAGGAAUUCACGUCAGAUUGUCUGGCCAGGAUGUCGAACGUGGAACUUUUUCUCAUAGACAUCAUGUACUGCACCAUCAGACUGUAGACAAAGCAACUUACAGACCAUUAUGUUACAUGUAUCCAGACCAAGCACCAUACACUGUCUGUAAUAGUUCCCUCUCCGAGUUUGGUGUUCUCGGUUUUGAGCUAGGUUAUUCAAUGACUAAUCCGAAUGCGUUAGUAUGCUGGGAAGCUCAGUUCGGAGACUUUAAUAACACCGCGCAAUGUAUCAUUGAUCAAUUUAUCAGCAGUGGACAAGCGAAAUGGGUCCGUCAAUCUGGCCUUGUUAUGCUACAACCUCACGGACUUGAAGGAAUGGGUCCAGAACACUCCAGCGCCCGGCUGGAACGUUUCUUACAAAUGUCUGCCGAUGAUCCAGAUUAUUUCCCACCAGAAAGCGAAGAGUUUGCCGUGCGUCAGCUGCAUGAUAUAAACUGGAUCGUAGCCAACUGCAGCACACCCGCUAAUUACUUCCACAUUUUGCGCCGUCAAAUUGCGCUUCCGUUCCGUAAACCCUUGAUCCUCAUGACACCAAAAUCUCUCCUUCGUCACCCAGAGGCUAGAUCCAGUUUCGACCUAAUGACGGAAGACACGCAUUUCUUGAGAGUUAUUCCUGAAGAAGGUCCUGCUGCCCAAAACACCAAUAAUGUAAAGAAACUACUUUUUUGCUCUGGUAAAGUCUACUACGACUUGACUAAGGCUAGAAAAGAAAAACAGCUCGAGGAUACAGUAUCUAUUGCCAGGGUUGAACAGAUAUCACCUUUCCCGUACGACUUGGUUAAAAAAGAAGCCGAGAAGUAUCCUAAUGCAGAAUUAGUCUGGACGCAGGAGGAGCACAAGAAUCAAGGGGCAUGGACGUAUGUUCAACCACGAUUCCACACUGCACUUCAUGGUGGUCGUGAUGUUGGUAACGGAGACGUGCAGAAAGAUAGCGCAAGCAAAAUUAGUGGAAGUUGGUUUAGUAACUGGUUGUCUUCGUCCAAACCACCUCAACCAUCCACAGUAUCGAAACCUCAAACAGCAGAAACGGCAAAUCCAAAAGAGCGAAUAGUGAGAUACGUUGGUAGACCAACAGCUGCAUCUCCAGCGACUGGUAGCAAAAUGCAGCAUCUCAAAGAACUGAAACAACUUCUGGACGACGCCUUUUCAAUCUAAUUAUCCGCAUCAAUGUAGCAACAAUUUUUAUUUAUUAUCCAUCACUAAUAUUUAUAUGUAUGUUAUAUACACUGAUCAUCCUGUUCUAUAAAUAUCACUAUAUCAGCCAGUGUCUGUCCUUUAACCAUUUUUUUUUGCAGUAUGGCGUAGUGUUCAUGGCGUUGACCGCACUCGCGAUUUAUAGAUGAGUCUUAAACAAUGAUGCAAAACUACUAGGCUAGAUUCUUAUGAUUAAAAAUAUCUAUUUAUUAUAUAGUAAAAUGAAAGUAUUGCGAACAUAGAAAUUUUGUCAGUUACUUUUUCUCAAACAUUUUCGAUUCGGUGCUACAUAAAAUAAUGGUGAAAAAUUAAUUCAUUCGGUCUGAUGGUAUCAUAGUGAUAAAUUUUACUACCCAUAAACGAUGAUUUAAACAUAUUUCAUCUCGAACGAGUGAAACACUAUUCAACGAUUGAGGUUUUUUACGACUAUAUAUGUUGCCAGAAAAAUUUGGUCACGUAUGUAUUUUAUAUUAAUUAGUCGUAAAUUUUCACCGAUUUAAAUACGUAUUUAAAAUGAGUUCACUUCUGCUCUUUAUUCAUUUUCUGUCAAUAUGUUAAUAAGAUGAGUUGUUGCAUAGAGUGUAAAAACUGAAAUACAUGUAUACAUCGCACGUACAAGUAUUCACUUUUGAUUUAUAUAUUCUAUAUGCUCGCAUAUUACGAGUGAUCUGAUAGUUAUAGGCGUCCUAACACGCUUGUUACACAGCUAAGCAUAGGUAGUUUUAAACCGAACAAACUACAUGGCGCGAUGCUAUUUUUCUCAUUUAGAAUUAUGAUUUUUUUUCCUAGUAUGCUGAAAAAAGAUCAGCUAUGCCAAUAUAUUUAAAUUUUUAUCGUCGCUGUGUUUGUGUAAAAUAUUAAAUGAUUGGCAUACUGUAGUCAUAGAUACUAUAUUAUAUAUUGUAUAUGAGAAAAAUUAACUUUUUUGAUUAAAUAAAUUCAGAAAGUAAAAUCUUCUGAAAAUGAUUUGAUUGGAAAAAGUAAUUUUCAAAAUACUGAUUAGUAUAUAUAGUAGUUUAUAAUUAAUAAAUUAAGAAGGUUGUUUAACAUUGGACACUGCAUAGUAUGCAAAGAUACCUGAUUUAUGUUCUAUAUUAAUAAUUCAAAUAUCGAGUGAAAAUGAGAAAUAUCAAUUUUUAAUUAUUAUUAUUAUUUGUAUACACGUGUACAUACCUGCGUACUCAAGUUUGUAUGUAUACAGUGUACAUCAUCAAAUUGUCUUAUGUAUAACGAGCAGAGAUUUCUGUAAUAACAUGAAAUCAAUAAUAUUUAUCUUCAAGUGAAUCCUGAACAUUCUCAUUACAAUUCGUGUAAGCGUAUGACAACUUGAUAAUUGCGUUGCGUUGCAUGUACACAGCCGCGAUCACUUGACUCUAUGUAUAACACGUCGUGAGUAUUUUAUCAAAUACUCACGGUAUGUAGACGCUAAAUAGUAUCUACAAUUUCAAUUAUACAAUAAGUACCGCAAUGUAAUAUUCAUUCGCUUUUUAUUUUUCGUUGUACGCAUAACUGCAAUAAUUUCGGCACAGCUAUGCCAACAAUGAUAUUAGUUUACCGAUAAACGAAGAAUAAUGUUAUUGGCAGUAGGUUUAUUGUAUUUCACCAAGUAAGAUAUAUCGUUAUACAUACAUACGUAUGUUUAUCCCACAUUGUAGGAUUUGUUAAGCAAAUAAAUUGUGUCAGCAACCGA